AUAAGAAAUGGCACAAAGUAAAUGAAGUCCAAUAGAAAUAAACUAUAAAACCUGCCAAGGUAUUAGGCAGUGGAAGUUUAGCAAAACAGAACUGCAUCAGCAAUGAAUAUCUUUCAAAAAGGUUAAACCUAAGAAAAAGAAGAGGGUAUUUUCAGCCAAGAACAGCCAACCGAAUAUCCAAGAAUGUAACAGUACCUGAAUGAGACUUCCUAUUUGGAGGACCAAGCUUAGAAUCACACAGAAGUCCAAAAAUAUCGCAGAUGAUGAUGAAAUAUCAAUGGAAAUCAAGCCAAAUCUAGGCCUCUCUGGUCGUAGAGUAAACUUGAAAUAAAAAGAUUGAUACUAAAUCCAGGAACAAAAUGGCAAACACUGAGUUAGUCUCCAUUAAAAGCCAGAAUGUCAGCACAACUGUAAUAAAAUCAAUCAAUUCUGGGAUAGUGAUCAAAAGUGAAGAUGAUUGUAACUCAAAGAAAACUUCGAGAAGAGAACCAUCUCCUCAAUUCUACCAUACAAUGCAAGUUAAGCUGGUGAAAAGAAAAAGAGAGCAUCAUAAGGAGCAAGAGACCUCUGAAGAUGAAGAGAGUGAAGUCAGCAAAAUGCUUACUAAUCAGUACCUGGUUAAUAAAUGCCAACUUGAUGCUGAAUCUAUUGAACCUAGGGUUUUAAAGAAAAUUUACCCAGCUAGAAAGCAAACUAUUAAGUUCCCAGUGAGGGAUUCCUAUAUGAAUAAAGAAAUGACCAACAUUUUGUGCUAUCAUUUGAAAUAACUUAAAAACAAGUUUUGAAAGACCGGCUAAGUUGCCAGCUCGGAAUAAACAGAUGCCACAAUGAAAGCGAGUAAAGAGCAGCAAGCCAGCAUCUAUUAAAACUCCGAUUAACCAGAUUAAAAGCUCAAAGAGCAACAAUCUCAGUGAUAUUUUAUCAUUAAAGACUCUCAGCCAUGCUGAGCUACAAAAGUACAUGAAAGAGAAUGAAAAGGAAAUUAUUAACCGUAUUGUUGAUUAUAAGCAAGGUAUGAACAUUUCGAAAUGUAUUGGCAAAAAGAGACACCAGAACUAUAAAUAAGAGCGGGAAUAGACGAAUCAAGAACCACAUUGUCACAUUCAGCCCAAGUGGGCGAAUUAAGUCAACCCCUAAUACUAAAAGGAAAUAUAUGAGGUUUCAUCAGAACAAGACCUGAUCUCCUUUUAAGAAAAUUAAAAGAAGUCCCCAGUCUCCAAUAAGCGGCGCUCAGAGCUGUUUCCAGGCAAGAAUUCAGCAAGUAAAGAACAGCUUCCAGACUCCGAUAAGGAAUAACUUUCUAAAAUUUAAAGUGACUAUAAAGCCUGAAAGCAAAUAAAAUAAGAACAGCUAGAGGACAUAAAGUUAAACUUCAUAAAGGACCAGCCAAACAAAUAAACGAGGCACUAUCAUCAGCUUCAACUCUAUAGAAAAGAGAUCAAGCUCAAGCUUUCCUCACAGUUGAAGAUAGUGCUCCAAAGACGAUAUGAAACCAAGAGCUCAAUAAGGGAAGAAGAAGUGUCUUUAAAGAACUUGCAUCAAAGAAGGAAGGACUCUAUCAGCAAGAACAACUUAUUUUAUAAGCUCAUUUUAACUAAAGUCUUAGAAAACUGUGUAAAAUACGAGCAGGUAAAGUCCUAUCGCUUAAGUUCUAAAAGCAGCAACAUUUUAUCUUAACAAUGUAGUAACUAAGCGUAUGCAGAAUUCCGUUCUCCUUUAACCUCGAAGUGUGAGACUCAGGCGCAAGAUCUAGCUGUGAUAAAGAGGAGAAGAUGUCAUGCUAAAGGGUACUAGUCUGCUUUCAUAAGCUAAUUGGAAUUCUGAAGUUUUCUAAGAAUCAU